CUGAAGCCCAUUUAUCUUCCCAGGAGACAGCUACUUACUGCCGCCCAACAGCCCAGACGCCAAACCAACAACGAACACCCACCAUGACAAUGGAGCUCCAGGAAGCGCAGAAGCUGGUGCUCAGCUACAUGAACGAGGCGGCGGACCAGUUCCAGAAGGUGCCUGGCUCGGCGAUGCUGAUCCGCUACGUCCGGUCCAGUUACCAGAAUGAUCCGGUUCGCUCGGCCAUCGAGCUUAUUCUCGUGGUGUUCUUUGUGAGGUACCUGCUGGCGCCGAGUUACUCGACGCAUAGACAGAAUUUCGUCACGCUGUCGGAAGAGGAGAUUGAUGAUUUGGUGGAUGAGUGGACCCCUGAGCCGCUGGUGGCGCCGUUGACGGCGUUUGAGGAGAGUGUGCAGGAGAAGCUGCCGGUUAUUGUUGGCAUGUCAGGACCGAAAUCGAAGCUUGCCAAUGGCCGCACCGUCACCAACCUCGCGUCAUACAACUACUACAACCUCGUGGCCAACGAACAUAUCAAGGAGAAGGCGAUUGAGACGCUCCGCACCUACGGCGUGGGACCCUGCGGACCCCCUCAAUUCUACGGUACUCAGGAUGUGCACAUGAAGACUGAGGCGGACGUUGCCUCGCAUCUAGGCACGGAGGCGUGUAUUGUGUAUGCGCAGUCGUUCUCUACGAUCUCGAGUGUGAUUCCUGCGUUCAGCAAGAGAGGCGAUAUCAUUGUCGCUGAUAAGGCGUGCAACUAUGCGAUCAGGAAGGGGCUGCAGAUUUGCCGUAGCACGAUCAGGUGGUAUGAGCAUAAUGAUAUGGAGGAUUUGGAGAGGGUGCUACAGAGGGUUGUGAAGGAGCAGGCGAGGAAGCCUCUUACCAGGCGAUUCAUCGUUACUGAGGGUCUCUUCGAGACAGUCGGUGAUUGCGUUGACCUGCCUAAAGUUGUUGAACUCCGCCUCCGCUACAAAUUCCGCCUCAUCCUCGACGAGACCUGGUCCUUCGGCGUCCUCGGCCGCACCGGCCGCGGUGUCACGGAAGCCCAAAACGUCGAUUCCUCCUCCGUCGACAUGAUCGUCGGCUCCCUCUCCGGUCCCCUCUGCGCAGGUGGUGGUUUCUGCGCCGGCUCCACCGACAUCGUAGAGCACCAACGUAUCAGUGCCGCUGCUUACACCUUCUCUGCCGCCCUCCCAGCCAUGAUGGCCACGACGGCGAGCGAGGCGUUGUCGAUGCUGCAGACUAUGCCGGAGAUCUUGGCGGGGUGUCGUGAGAAUAUUAAGGCUAUGCGUGCACAGCUUGAUCCGAGGAGUGAUUGGAUCACGGUUACGAGCGCGGUGGAUAACCCGAUGGUGUUGUGUGUGCUUAAGCCGGAUGUGGUGAAUACGAGGCGGCUGAGCAUGAAUGACCAGGAGCGUGUGCUGCAGGAGUGUGUGGACGAGUGUCUUGCAAACGGAGUACUUAUCACCCGCCUCAAGGCUAUGCCAGUCGCCCCAUCCAGCACCGCCAAGGAGCAGGGAUGGCAGCUACAGCCCGCGCUGAAGGUGUGCGUCACGACGGGCCUGACGAAGAAGGAGACCGAGAAGGCUGGUGUGGUUAUCCGGCACGCGGUCACGAAGGUGAUGACGCGUAAGGCGAACAGUAAGCUCGUCGUACCCCCUACUGCUUAAGUGAGGGUCAGUGCGGAGAGGGUGUAUUGUAUAGAUUAUGAAGAGCUCUGUCGGGAGACGGAUGGGGGUUUAUAUACAGGGGGCUGUACGGGCUACACGAAGAUGCAUUAUUAUAGAUGGGGGGAUUAUGGACGGUCUGGCCGUGAUGGCGAGGACUAUGUUUAAUGUCUAAUACUGGUUUAUCCGAUACUGAAGCCUGCUGGAUAUGAGUCAGUGCUGUGUCCUAUUCUACUGUGAGUGUUGGCAACACCUUGGGGGUCAUCCACAAACGCUUAACUGCACGUGAUGUCCGUGGAAUCCCUUCCGUUACACGUGUUCUGCACACCUCAUCCGAGUUAGGUCUAUCGAUAGUGUUGCUCUCAACUCAUGCCCUUCCCGUAUCAGUCGUUCCUGACUAAAGGGGAAUAUCCGGGCGAGACCCGCCUCUAGAAAACCUGUUGAAACAACGGCGGCUGAUACUUUCUUGGAAAGUACUCCCAACGCAGUAUCUUUACUGGAGUUAUGCACCUGAGCGGGGGAAGGUGGGACGGGAAGUACAGUACAACAUCCGCCCCGUAGACACAGCCAUCGACUUUUCACGAGCUUGCUGCCUACUUUCCAAGGAACUCGAGGGGGAAAGUCGUCGUGGCCCUGGCUGGCUUAGGGCAGGGGUUGGGGAGAGAUCGGCAGUUUGUGAGAUCGUGGGA